AUGCUGCCCAAGAGGAGCGCCAGCCCCUGCUGCGGCAGGAGGGGGCCCCAGCUGGGGGUUUAUGGGCCGCCUUCGAGGGCCGGAAGGCAGCCUGCGCGGCCGUGCUGCUGGUGGAGAUCCUCCAACCUCGUCCUUUACCUCAACAGCAGCAACUUCAACUGGGGGGGGUCGCAGGCUUCGCGGGCCACCCUCCUCUUCUUGGGCGCCUCCUACCUGCUCUCGCCCGUGGGGGGCUGGCUGGCCGACGUCUACCUGGGCCGCUACUGGACCAUCGUGCUGAGCUUCCUGCUCUACGUGGCGUCGGCCUGCCUGCUGCCCGCCACGGCCUCCUCGGACGGGCGGCUUUUCUUCUGCGGGGAGAUGCCAACCUACGACUUGCAGAAGUCCUGCCAGAACCAGAGCGGUCAGUGCCAGCAGUCUGCGCCCGGCCAGUACUGCGCCCCCCUGAUGUACACCGGCCUGCUGCUGCUGGCCCUGGGCAUCAGCUCCGUCAAAGCCAACCUCACCCCUUUCGGCGCUGAUCAGGUGACUGACCGUGGCCGCGACGCCACACGGCGCUUUUUCAACUGGUUCUACUGGAGCAUUAACAUCGGGGCGGUGAUCGCGCUGCUCGUGGUGGCCUUCAUCCAGCAGAACAUCGACUUCCUCAUCGGUUACACCAUCCCCACCGCCUGCGUGAUCCUGGCCCUCCUCGUCUUCCUCGUGGCUGCCCCCACCUUCAUCCCCCAGCCCCCCACGGGCAGCCAGGUCUCCACCAUGCUCAGGCUGGCCUUCCGGGGCAGGUGCCACGGCCGAGCGCGACGCACCAGGCUGGGCCCUCUCCAGUCGGAAACCCAGGACCCGGAUGUCCUCCCCGAUGGCAAAUCGCAGCCCUGGGCCCCUUCGCCGGAGGAGGAUCUUGCCAACUUCCAGGUGAUGGCCAAGAUCCUGCCGGUGCUACUGACCUUCAUUCCCUACUGGAUGGUCUACUUCCAGAUGCAGUCGACUUACUAUCUGCAAGGCCUGCACCUCUUCAUCCCCAACAUCUUCCAGCACAACAGCACAGGCAGCAGCUACGCGUUCCCUGAUGCCUGGCUCUUGUUAGCCAAUGUGGUGGUCCUGCUGGUUCUGGUCCCGCUGAAGGAUCGAGUGAUUGACCCGUUCCUGGUGAGGCGGAAGCUGCUGCCCUCGGCACUGAAGAGGAUGGCUCUGGGCAUGUUCUUCGGUCUCACCUCUAUCAUUGUGGCAGGUGUCCUGGAGACCAAGAGGCUGCAGUUUGUGAAGAACAACCAGACCAUCCAGCAGCAUAUUGGUGAGGACAUAUACACAGCUGCCUCCCUGCCCAUCUGGUGGCAGAUUCCCCAGUACCUGCUCAUUGGCAUCAGCGAAAUCUUCGCCAGCAUUCCAGGCCUGGAAUUUGCCUACUCAGAGGCCCCCAAGUCCAUGCAAGGAGCCAUCAUGGGGCUCUUUUUCUUCAUUUCUGGCGUGGGCUCGCUCCUGGGCUCGGGGCUGCUGACUCUCCUCUCGGUGCCAGAGCACGGCUGGAUGCACUGUCCCGAGGACUUCGGGAACAUUAACAAUUGCCACAUGGACUAUUACUUCUUCCUCCUGGCUGGGAUCCAGACGGUGACCUGCGUGCUCUUUUUCUGGAUUUCUGUUCGCUAUGAGAGGCAGCCGCCCCACAACUGCCGCGCCUGUGUGGGCCCCGAGGGGGACUGAGGGCACCCUACCCCUCCUCCAACUGCCCCUGUCCACUCUGUGACUUGGGCUGGUGGGUGGAGCUGUGCCCAGGCAGGACAGCUGGAUUAGCACCUUCUCUGGAGAAUGGGGAGGAGGAAAGACCCUCCCUAGCAGGACACCAGGUGGGGGGGUAGGGACAGAUCCACAGGGGCUGCUGUAAGUGGCAGGAGGAGGGGAGCUCAGGGCCUCCUCCUUUUUCCUUGCUGGAGGCCCUUGUGAAAUCUAGUCCUGCCUCCUUGGCUACCCUCAGUCAAAGAUCCCCCCCAGUACCCAGAAUUCCUAAGGACGCCCUCUCUUGCCUGGGUCCUGACUUGCCCCAUCACCAGUAAUGGGUUAAAUCCACAGUCAGAAGGAACUGGACAUGAAGGGCUGGGGGGAUGAAUCCCAGAUGGAAGAUUUGCACCAUGCUGUGCAUGGGGGCACCGUCUCCUCAGAUUGCACAAAAUCAGGCUCAACUGGGCAAAAGCUGGACCUGACCUGAUAAAAUGGCCGGUGGGCCCUCCCCACGGCCAUGGCCCUCGUUACAAAGUAAUGCCAAAGGGGCUCGUCGGGGAAGAGGCUGGCAGUGGUGGGUUUUGCCUGGCUGGUCUCUUGAGAUUGGUCCAGGUAGAGGGGGUUGGUAAAGAUGGGCUUGGAGACUGCAGGCGUGGAUUUAUUCCGGUUGGAGGAGUGCACUGGUGGUGCGUAAAGGCAUUCCCAGCCCACAGCACAUGGUGGGGAAGACAGAGGGGUAAUUGCAGUGCCUUGAAGCGCUCAGCCAGCAGCCUCCACUACGGGGGAUCCCCCAUUUGCAGGCUUAAAGGCAUAGAUUCCUGCAUGAGACGCCUUCGGCAGGGCCAGUGAGGGAACUGGCCGCUGCUUUUCUUGGCAAUGAAAAAGGAAGGAUCAUCGGGGCAGGCUGUGAAACACGCUGGAGUUGCCAGCAGAGGGGAGAGGAAGCUGGGGCA